AUAUUGGAUUAAAGCAUGUUCUAUGCACGAUUGCAUUUGCGUACUCUGAUCGACUAAUUCUUAUCCAAUCAGCGCUAGUCGAUACUUGGAGAACACUCUAGAGUCUUCUCAUGUAAAAACUAUACAUAUACUAACGGUUUUCUUAUUGUAUUUUUCUUCCUUCCACCUACCCUUGUUAUUCGGAAUAUAAUUUCUUUCCUGUUCAACCGUGUUCUGACAUGGGGACUUGUCGAGUGAAUUGGUGUCCAAGAAUACUAAGCAAUAGGAAUGACUAGGUCGUAAUAAGAGAAAUUAUAACAGUAUCCAUUAGUAGUCGUACAUUUAUUGAAGUGUAGUGUACGUGACAAACCUACAAAGGUCACGAAUUCACUAAGCUUGUUUUUGGUGGUAGUUUCGGUGCCCUAAAUUCAAGAUAGUCACGAGAAUAAAUCAAUAAACUAGGAGAAAAAUAAUUAGUUAUCUCAUAGAAAGAAAUUUGUUUUAUUCAGUACUACGUAGUGAGUUUUUACUCUCAGGAUACGGUUUAGUCAGUUUUAUGGAUACUUUUAUUUUCUGUGAAGACUCCAUCCCUUUAAUGGCAUUUCCUGUUGUCAUUGCUAACAGCCCAGUUACUUUAGUAGUUCUUUCCUUUUUCAUUCUGGGUUUGUAGUUUGGUCAUGUUUUGCUCGUUGUAUACUUUUGGUACUAACUGAGAGGGUCGCACGAUUGAAUAACUACAUGAUAAUUCGAAGGUGACAGAAUUCUUUUGAGUAUAUAUUCGAGAAAUUAAAAGGAGAGGUGGAUUUGAAAAUGAUGUUAUGCAUAUUUCGUUCUCUCAGAUGGUUCAGUCAAGAAGUUUUCACUAUCUCCCAUAGACUAAAUCUUUGCUGAAAAUGUUUAGAAGAACAACGCAAGAAUCUCAGUUAAUAUUCGUUGGGUGAUAUCUGCGGGAUCAUAAUAACAAGUACAUAAUAUUACCCGGUGUUACUCAGAUAUUAGGUCAAGUUUGCCUUCCACUCACAAAGUUUAGAGCAAACAAAACUACCGAAGUUAAUCAGUAACAUUGAACAGAGAGGUGUUUAACGUUAUGUAGCUUCUAUGAAUACAUUUUAUGAAACGAUUAAGUGAAAUGUUUAUUGGUUCACCGUUCAUGUACUAUUGUAAAAUAAUAUUGAAAAUAACCACUCAAAAGUUUUUGUCUAUCUCUAUGCCUAUAUAUUGGAUUCUUGUUUCAGGCCUGAACGAUGAUGGCAGAUCAUACAUCACAGAUCAAAUCACCUAUAGACAAUAAGUAUAAUUCAGAAAUGGAUAAUCCAGACAAUAUAGGUAACAAUAAAGAUAGUACAAUACGAAGUCUUGAAGAAAAACUCAAAUUGUUAGAUGAAGAAAAGUUAGAUCUUGAAAAUCAAAUUUAUGCAGCUGAGAAAAAAUAUCAUGAACAAUUGAAUUCAUAUUUAGCGCGUUAUAUUAAUGCAGACUUCAGUUUAGCUCAAAUGGAAUAUAUAUUGCCUGCUAAAAGAGCGAAAUUUAGCAAAGUACAUGCAUCAACAACAUCUGGUUAUUCAUCAAAUUCUAUUGGUACUGAUGCCAAUUCAUUAAUCACAUUGAAACAUUUCUUUGAACCUUCAAUGAAUCUUGUUUAUAAAAAAUUACACGAAAUAACAAAAGAAGCACAAAAUAAAUAUCGACAAAGUAAUGAUGAUAUGUUAGCAUGGAAAUUUUCACCAGAAAGUUCAAUAGGAAAAUCACUAAUGUCACGUAUUAGACAAUUGUUAAGCGCUAAUGAAGAACUAGGUCGAGUCAAUCAAACUGAUCGUGUAGCUAGACUAGAAUCAGAAGCUGAAUUACAAACAACAUGUAUGAAAGAAUUUAUCAAAACCAAUGAAGACAUUGAAGGUGUACUAGAGGAAGCCUAUACGGAUUUAGAAGGUCUUCAAAGUAGUUUGUUAAUCUUGCAACAACAAAUAAAUCAAACUGAAUCAGUUGUUGAAACUUUACAGAAUGAACUAGAAUCACGUCAACCUGGUAUAGUCGCUGAACUGAUGACUGCAAUGCUGUCAAAGUUAGGUAGCGAAACAGAAACCGAAGCUGGUAAUGAUGAUGUUGAUAAUGACAAUUGUAAAUCAACACCCGACAUACAUAAUGAUCGAUCUGAACAGGAUGAUGUGCAAAAUAACACUGAUAAUGUUAAACUAAAUGAAACUUUUACAGAGGAAAAAUAA